ACAAUCUCUCCUGGCGCGGAGAUAUUAUUCUUUUUUAUUUCCACAGUUUGCAUCUCUCUUUCUCUCUUUCUCGGUCGCAUCUGUGGCCUCGUUUUCCGGAAUAGGUGUGCACUCACGCAAAGUACGUACAUACAACGCUAUGUAUACGUAACGUGGAAGCGAGAGAGGAGCAACUAUAGGCGCCUGGUGAUCUCGCCAGCGUCUUUCCGCAAGUUUCUCAUUAGUCGGCGAACGAGCGCGAUGACGAGCGCAGUUCUCCGAGAUCUUUCUCCGAGCAUCUUUCCGCGUACCGUCGCGUAAUCAAAGUGCAUCCCUUUCUUUUUCUCGUUCUCUUCGGUAGAGAAUAAUAUUAUCGUUCCACCGGAGAAUGCGCCGUGACUCUUCGAGUUUCAGUUUUACGCUCAUCGUCGCAAGUCGAUCUCCAAUCUCUCGAUCGAUCUCGCGAUCGGAUUACCGAGAGCCGAGAGAAACGAUCAAAUUCGCCGCGUACAGACGUGACGCAUGCAAUGAUCGACGAGGAGAGAAUGUGACGGGAAUAGAAGGAUAAAGCAGCAUGAGAUGUUUUGAGAGCUUCUUCAAGCACACCUGGCGGCCGCAGCAGGUGUAUCAGAUGGAUUCGCUGUCGAGAUUCAAACCGACGUCCAAGAUAACGGGCGUGCAUCGGCACGCCGCGGGCGAAACAACGGAGCUGGGCGAGGUGAAUGUGACCGUGCCGAGCAGCAGCGUCGCGACGUCGAUGCCGCACACGAGCAGCGAGACGUCGCCGUGCAAGAACGGCGGCUGCAAGGUCUGGAGAAACAGCCGCGACGGCAACAGCAACGAGCCGCGAUCUGAGAACCCUUGGCACUCGCUCAAAACCAUCUUUCUCGUCUCCGUGAUCGUUGCGUUCCUUCUCUGGGUCAUCGUUUACACGCUGCUGGAUCAGUAUCAGAUUAUAUGACGGUGAUUCGUCGUCGUGAUCCCGAGCAGCUUCCGUAAACUGCCACAUCGGAUCCCUAUCGUUUCCUCGUAAUGUUGUUGUGGCCAUGAUUUACAUAAAUCAUCGUCGGAUCUCGCAAUUUCUCUAAACGGUUUCGCGAUCACUAGUAACGUCGAAUCCCCAUAGAUUCAUGUUCUCGAUCAUUGCGAUUAUCUACUAUGUUAGAUUUUGCGAUCUCCCGCGUUUGCUCUUUCUGUGGUUUUUGAGACUCAUAAUCGAGUUUUUGAAAUCGCGAGAGAACGAUGUUCUGAAAAAAAAAAAUGCUGAAGAAACGACGCGCGCGCUACAGAUUCUUUAUCUCGAAAAACAUCGCAAAAGCGAAGCAAAACUUUUCAACUCGAUGAUGAUCGAUAAAAAUCUACAGAUAGAUAGAUCCGAUGACAGUAGCGAGACGGAAAGACUCCAUGAAAAGUGUCUCUUGCGUCAGAGUAUUCCAAUUUUAAAUACUGUAUAUUUCGUAUAUUGUUUUUUAAAUGUGUACAAUAAGUUUGUAUAAAUAUUUUAAUAAAAAAUAUACAUAUGU